UCCCAGGUUGAAUUUCACCUCCUUCUUGUUCUUCUCCUUCUGAAUCAUCACUUCCUUCAAAAGAAAUAUCUCCGCCGCGCCCUCUCCGGGUAUCAUGAAGAACUGCCUCCUCCGCUGUGUCUUCCUUUUCCUCCUCCUCCUCGUCAUCAGAAUUGUAGUCACGGGCACGUUUCUCAAACAGCAAUGGCCGGAGAAUUGACUCGUCUUGAUAAACAUCACAUAUCGGUGGAACAAAUGAAAAUGUCUGUAGAUCAGGUAUUGGAAUGCAAUUUCCGGAAUAUGCAUGCUCCUCCAUCACCGUUGGUAGAGAACUACCCGCGGGAAGCGGAUUUUUGGCACGUGGCGACGGUAGGCUGGGGAUGCAAUGUGGACCCAAAACUAAUCAGUGCGUUGAUCGAGAGGUGGAGACCUGAGACGCACACAUUCCAUCUUCCAUGUGGAGAGUGCACUAUCACUCUAGAAGAUGCCAGUUUGUAAUUGGGAUUGCCGGUGGACGGGAGCCCGAUCCACCGAACUGCCUAAUCUA